AAAUUGAUGAAAACAAAACCCUAACUUUGUAAUUAGGAGGGAAAAAGAAAAACAAAUAAACGAAAUGGCUUUCUUUCCCAAUUCUGUAUUCUUUCAAUGUUAGAGUUCAUCUACAAAUUCUGUUUAAUCUGUCGUUUGUGAUUCUUUAUCGUCUCAACUUUCCAAUAUCGGGGCAAGAAAACCAUCUGUGAAACCAGUGCUUGAGAUAAGUUAUAAAUAUAAAUGUCCUCGAGGGAAACACUUCAACCACUAUACAAUGGGCGUCCUGUUAAGGCUCCAGGGUUGAUGCGCCAUGGUCCAUUUCCUGGAUCAGAUUCUGCUGUUGGUCACAAGUCUCUUGAAUUACUAGAGGACAAAUUAGCUGUACAGACAUCUGACAUAGAAAAACUUGCAAGGGAAAAUCAUAAGUUGGCAACUGCUCAUGUCACUUUGAGGCAAGAGCUUGUGGGUGCCGAGAAAGAAAUACAAACCGUGCGAGCACAUAUUCGAAGCAUUCAAACUGAAAGUGAUAUUCAGAUGAGAGUAUUGCUAGAUAAGAUUGCAAAAAUGGAAGCAAGUAUUGAAGCGGGAGAGGGGCUGAAGAAGGAUUUGCAGCAGGCCCACAUGGAGGCUCAAAGCUUGGUCAAAGACAAACAAGAAUUAACCUUCCAAAUUCAACAAGCAACCCAGGAGUUGAAUAAAACAGAGUCUGAUAUUAAGAAUCUACCCAAUUUACAUGCUGAGCUCGAGGAUUUGAGGAAAGAACACCAAAGGUUGAGAGCUACAUUUGAGCAUGAAAAAGGUAGGAACAUUGAACAAGUAGAGCAAAUGAAAGCAACAGAAAUGAAUCUGAUUGCCCUUGCAAGGGAAGUAGAGAGGUUGCGAGCCGAGGCUUUGAAUGUGGAGAAACGGGCAUACGCACCAAAUGCAUAUGGUGGUGCGUACACACGUUUGGAUCCUUCGUACCCACCUCACAUGCCCAGUGCCAAUGGCUAUGUUGACAUGUAUGGAAGGUCACAAGUUGUAAUGGCUCCUGUGGUGUCAGGAGACAGUCAAUUUUCGCAUUCCAUUGAUCAUGGCUCAGCCCCAGCUGGAACGAGCGCUGGUGUGGCUGCCCCCAUUGGUAGCAAUGCUGCCUGGGAAACAAGGUUUGAUCCAUCCAUUCCUCGAAGAUGAGUGUGUGUAGCCAUGAUAACUGCUUCUUUCUUCAGAUUAGCUUGCCAUAACUUGUUAGAAAGAAAGUAUACUCACUCUUUAAUUCAAAGUUUCUCCCUGUAACAUUUCGGGUAUUAUGCAAACACAGAUACCAUCAUGUUAACAAUGUCAUUGAUGUUAACGAGGUCAAUUAAUGAUGUAAUAUAGACUAUAGAGAUGAACUUACACA